UUUUUUUUGAUUCCUUUUGUUAAACUAACUUGGUCAGAUUCUUUGGAUUCAUCUUCUUUACCUCAUACAGCUCUCUGACUUUGGGGACUGGCGCGGCCGCCCCUCACAACGCCAGGGCUGGACCCAAGGGCAAGGGGAAGCGCAAGAAGGGAAACCCUGUUGAAGAGUCUUACGUCAAACUCGAUGACCCGUUCCCUGCUAUUUGGGCUGGAGCAUUGGCUGGAAUACUGGUUAUGGAUAUUCACCUUCUGAAUCCAGACUGGAAUGAUAAAAUUGUCAACCGAGAAAUUAAUCGCGAGCAUGUAACUAAAUUGGUUGAGAGCUUUAAAGCUGGAAUUCAUCGCUUUGACAAGUCGAACUUCAUCGCUAGAAUACUGGCUGGGAGUAUUCCAGUUCCUUUAUCUUUCAUAUCACUGAUAUCUCCUACUCCCCCUUCUCCUGAAGCUAUUGAUUGCCUUACGAAAGAAAAGGCAUUGGUAACGACUAAUGUCUCACCUGCGCCUUGUGUUAUUGUGCCCAAUAAUACUAUCCCCUCCAAGUUACGCUUAGAAGCUGGACAACAUAGGCGUGCUGCUCUCUUGGCAGUUAAUACGGAACAGCUACGUGUUUCUAAGACUCCUGAGGGCUCUAAGCAUGUUCAGCCCCCUACUGAUGAGGAUUACUUAUGGCCAGUGCUGAUUUACAAGCAAGAGUCUCUUGACAAUGAAGCCCUGCUCACUCUACAUGCCAACAGAGACACAGUGUCAAAAACAGAUAGUACUGGAGAUCUACUUGUCCAGAUCAAAUAUAUUUAUAACAAGAAACCUUUGGUGGAGCAAAAACACCUGGAGAAACCGCGUUUUCUUGUACCAUGGGUCCUGCAAGCAUUUGGUCAUUAUCUCCAGUAUCCAGCACGGUUUCUCAAUAUCCUUCGAAGCCCUCUGUGCAAUACAAUGGUUUCCUACACGCGGACCCGGUAUAGCGCUAAACAUUUUACAAUCACUUGGGAUACAACUGUUAUUUGGCAUGAGCUCCUCACCGAUUUCGGUAACCAGAUUAUGUCAACUUUUGGAAACUUUGCUCACAACAUACCUUGCUAUGAUUUAAGUCUUAUCAUAGAUAUUAAAGACCGUUUCUCAGAUACUCUGGCACGUCUUUUUUUCCUAACCUCUAAUAACUACAAGUCAGGUCAUCUUAAAUUAAAACCAUACACUCUUCCAUAUUCAUUUGUAACUGGAGAUCCUGAGUUUCCAGCUCUUGAUCUCCCUUAUAGCAAAUUUUUAACAUGCCGCUCUGACACUGUUAUGCCUGUUACUGCUGCAAUUUUGAAGCAUAUUUUGGUAUGGUAUAACCAGACAUGGAUAUUUCCUGAAAAAGCUCAAGAUAUUCACAAGGGUUUCUGCUGGAAUAAGGAAUUUAAAAGAACAGUGCUCCGCGGUAAUCAUCUGAUUAAAGAUAGCAAAUAUGGUUAUAAGAAUGAUACUAAUCUCCUUCAGUUUACUCAGGAAAUGAUUCGCAAGAUCUGGGACCGUGUUAAUUCUGACCCUAUUUGGAAAGACAACUUGGUUAGAAAAGAGGUCAUGGAAAACCCUAUCCUUACUAUAGGUUCUAAUGGUACUAACUUUGAAGCCUAUACAGAAUACUUUCUCUAUAUCUAUUGGGCAGAUCUAUUAAGGGAAUGCUUGAAGGUCUCCGGACCUGCGCUCUCUGGGCAGAUAGUAAAAUAUAAUAACCCUGAUAUCCUAUUCCCUGUCCUAAAGGAAUCAUGGACCCGCGAAAUUUUUAUAAAUAAGGUCAGUAUUCUCAUAGUAAUAGUUUAUUACUGGCAGAUCAAAUCCGCUAUAGUUCGAACUUUGGUGGCUGGUUUUCUAAACCUGAAAACCCGGAGAGGGCGGAAAGCAGCCAAAGACCAGGGCCUGGAUAAAUACAUUCGCUAUAAGGACAAGCUUACUGAGUACGCUGACUACUUGAUAAAGAACAGCUGGAAGCCUAAGCUCAAUAAUACUAAUGAACUGCCUGGCGCACAUUCCUAUGUACCUUGCCAACCUGGACAGAAACCCUCUGCUAAGAUGAGCACCUUUCUUUCUGGCAUUGUAUUGGAUAUUCCCAAAGGAUCUGAACCCGAGGUAGACAGGGAAAAGAAAGAGGAAGAUAAUGAGGAUACAGAGACCACAUCCAGUAACUUAGCCAGUAUUUCAGAUAAUAAUAGUAGUAGCCAAUUUGAAUCUCCGCCCGCUGAAAUGCCAGUGGCAGGCCGUGGCCGUGGACAUGGAGGACAUGGUAAUGCUCGAGGUGGUACAAAUGAUAAGGGAGUUCAAAACAUUAAUAAUAUAACUGUAUCUAUACACCCCUCUAAGAGAAUUAGGCUUAAGAUUAAUAUGCCUACUUAGUUAGUUAGAUUUAAUUUAUAAGAUAGCUAAUACAGGA